AUGUCAUCCCCGGUCUCCGUGCAGCGCGUCGAGAAACCUACGGAGGAUGAGGUAAAUGCAUCCGUCGCCAUUUGUGUGGCACUCAUGGAGACAAGGGCAGACCCAGCAUUGAUGGACCCAAUGGUGCGCUGCACGCUCCGCGCUUGUGUUCAUUCAGGGGAGUUCUAUACGGCAACCGACAAGACGGGAGAGGUGAUUGGGUUUUCUUUAUGGAUGCCGCCCGGCCAGGAGCUCUUCAGCACCCCUGAGCAACGCAGCUUGGGCUUUACUGAUUUCAUGAACUCACUCCCCGAGAUUGGGAAACAGUAUUAUGCGACGACUUAUUUGGCCGAGUUUCCAGGAUUUGUAACGAGUGCUCUAAGCCCAACGGUAUUGACGAUGGCCGCUUUUGAACCGCUUGACUCGUGUCUGAUGCUAUCGCUUAGACGAAACUUGAUUCUUGGUGGUGCCAUCAGCUCAUGGUCAGAACCGAAUACCAACGCAAAGGCAAAGAGAAAUGGCGACACGCUUGCUCUGUCUACAACAAAUGAUGAUAACCACAAUCUUGAACACCUCACCAACCACGCAGAUGCGUCUGCCAGUGAGGUGAUUCGUUGUAAUCACAGGUCGAACAUUUCUUUUACAUCGAUCAACCUUCUUCAACUUCUACCACCGCCUGAACUCCUUGGACCCUUCUGUGUCGACGUGAUGCUGACCCCGACAUCAUCGUAUCUUCCCUCUUGUGAUGCGAAGAUGAGCAUCACGCAACCUCAAUCUAGAAUUCUUCUCACCAAUGUAAUGAUUCGCCUAAUUCGCUCAACUGUGGAGCAUGAGGCUUCAAGACCCAACGUGAAGUUCUCAAGACCCGUCGUUCAACCCAUUCCGCCGUUGAAAGUCGGUUGCUUUUCAAUCGUCAUUUGCAAUGGUUGCAAUUGUUGCGUGGCCUUCAUACCGCCAAAAAGAAUCUCUUUCAUACCGCCGAGAAGAAUCUCAAGUUACGCUUCUAGACGGCCGUCGGAAGAUGAGCUGGAAUUCCGAAAUCCUUACAUCGGCCUCAAUGAGCUUUCCUCAUCCGAGGAAGCACGGCCCUCGAAAUACGACAGGAUCGUUAACCUCCCUCGUCUUGCAGCACACGUCAGCUGGGUAGAACCAGACCUGGUGAUGCCUUUCGACGUUCAUCGAUGGCUGACGGACUUUGGAUAUGUUUCUCCACCCGAUCGUCAACUUCAGGUCUCGAGUGCGGUACACAGCAUAUUGCAAUUCGGUGUGAUGGAUUAUGGCAUGGAGCGCUGCAGUCUCGCCAUCCGCUUACCUUCCCGUGGAGAUGCGCUUCCACAUCCUUACUCCCUCAAGGACGUUGCGGACACCGUACGCCUUGAUGUGUGCGAACUGGACGCUAAACGUCCCCUGGAUGAACGGACUCUUACAUGGAAUAAUCGGCCCACUUGCAUACGCGACUUGGGGAUUCUUGACGCCAAGGUUGGAGGAGAGGUGCAGAUGGAUUCUUUCCCUUGCAAAUCAGGCGAUUUUCUAGCAUACGAAAUGUCCUGUGCUCCUGAAACCCCCGAUUGUGGAAUUGAAGUAUGGUCUAAUCAGAACGAGACUUGGGGAGCAUUCCUUUACCAGUAUCAAACGAUUUAA